CCCUCCACUUCCGCCGUAGUUGCGCUUAUCUUCUUUGAACAGGAAGUGAAUAGUCCUUUCUGCAUACUCCAACAUGGCCCGAGGACCCAAGAAGCACCUCAAGCGUGUGGCAGCGCCCAAGCAUUGGAUGCUUGAUAAGCUGACCGGAGUAUUUGCUCCUCGUCCCUCCACUGGGCCACACAAGCUCAGGGAAUGCCUGCCCCUCGUCAUUUUCCUGAGGAACCGGCUGAAGUAUGCUCUGACAGGAGAUGAAGUCAAGAAGAUCUGCAUGCAGAGGUUCAUCAAGAUCGACGGCAAGGUCCGCACGGAUAUUACCUAUCCUGCUGGAUUCAUGGAUGUCAUCAGCAUUGAGAAGACCGGUGAGCACUUCCGUCUGAUCUACGAUGUGAAGGGAAGGUUCACCGUCCACCGCAUCACAAAUGAGGAGUCCAAGUACAAGUUGUGCAAAGUGAGGAAGCUUAUCAUUGGCACCAAGGGCAUCCCUCACCUGGUGACCCACGACGCCCGCACCAUCCGUUACCCAGACCCCCUCAUCAAGGUCAAUGACACAGUCCGCAUCGACCUGGCCACGGGGAAAAUCACAGACUUCAUCAAGUUUGACACUGGUAACAUUUGCAUGGUGACUGGUGGCGCUAACUUGGGGCGUAUUGGCGUGAUCGUCAACAGGGAGAGGCAUCCUGGAUCAUUUGACGUUGUGCACGUCAAGGACAGCAGUGGCACCAGCUUUGCCACCAGGCUGUCCAACAUCUUUGUGAUUGGCAAGGGCAACAAGCCAUGGGUGUCCAUUCCUCGUGGCAAGGGUAUCCGUCUCACCAUUGCCGAGGAGAGAGACAAGCGCCUGGCUACCAAGCAGACAACCAGCUAAAUCCUAAAUCUUUGGACUUACCAGCUAUGACAACAUCCGGCUUUUCAAUAAACAGAAAAAAGUGGUAUUUACAA